GGGAGGGAAGGCAGGAAGAAGGCAACCGCCUGCUGGGCCAGGGGGCUGAAUCGGGUGCGGGCUGCGCUGCGCCGUUCUCGGUUCCGACGGCCUAUCUCAUGCGCUGAGGGCGCCCGGCUGGGCCGGGCGGGCGGCCGAAGGGGAGGCUCCUCUCCAUGGUCCAGAAGACCAGCAUGUCCCGGGGCCCUUACCCACCUUCCCAGGAGAUUCCCAUGGAGGUCUUCGACCCCAGCCCACAGGGCAAAUACAGCAAGAGGAAAGGGCGGUUCAAAAGGUCAGAUGGAAGCACGUCCUCGGAUACCACAUCCAACAGCUUUGUCCGCCAGGGCUCAGCAGAGUCCUAUACCAGCCGCCCAUCGGACUCUGAUGUGUCUCUGGAAGAGGACCGGGAAGCCUUAAGGAAGGAGGCAGAGCGCCAGGCAUUAGCCCAGCUUGAGAAAGCCAAGACCAAGCCGGUGGCGUUUGCUGUUCGGACAAACGUCGGCUACAACCCGUCUCCAGGGGACGAGGUGCCUGUGCAGGGAAUAGCCAUCACCUUCGAGCCCAAGGACUUCCUGCACAUCAAAGAGAAAUACAAUAAUGACUGGUGGAUCGGGCGACUGGUGAAGGAGGGCUGCGAGGUUGGCUUCAUCCCCAGCCCCGUCAAACUGGACAGCCUGCGUCUGCUGCAGGAACAGAAGCUGCGCCAGAACCGCCUCAGCUCCAGCAAAUCAGGUGACAACUCCAGCUCCAGUUUGGGAGAUGUGGUGACUGGCACCCGCCGCCCCACACCCCCUGCCAGCGGUAACGAAAUGACUAACUUAGCAUUUGAACUAGACCCCCUAGAGUUAGAGGAGGAGGAGGCCGAGCUCGGGGAGCACGGCGGCUCUGCCAAGACUAGUGUUAGCAGCGUCACCACCCCGCCGCCCCACGGCAAACGCAUCCCCUUCUUUAAGAAGACAGAGCAUGUGCCCCCCUACGACGUGGUGCCUUCCAUGAGGCCCAUCAUCCUGGUGGGACCGUCGCUCAAAGGCUAUGAGGUUACAGACAUGAUGCAGAAAGCUUUAUUUGACUUCUUGAAACAUCGGUUUGAUGGCAGGAUCUCCAUCACUCGCGUGACAGCGGACAUCUCCCUGGCGAAGCGCUCCGUCCUCAACAACCCCAGCAAACACAUCAUCAUUGAGCGCUCCAACACGCGCUCCAGCCUGGCUGAGGUUCAGAGCGAGAUUGAGCGAAUCUUCGAGCUGGCCCGGACCCUUCAGUUGGUCGCCCUGGACGCCGACACCAUCAACCACCCAGCCCAGCUCUCCAAGACCUCACUGGCCCCCAUCGUUGUUUACAUCAAGAUCACCUCUCCCAAGGUACUUCAGAGGCUCAUCAAGUCUCGAGGGAAGUCUCAGUCCAAACACCUCAAUGUGCAAAUAGCGGCCUCGGAGAAGCUGGCGCAGUGUCCCCCCGAAAUGUUUGACAUCAUCCUGGAUGAGAACCAAUUGGAGGACGCCUGCGAGCACUUGGCUGAGUACUUGGAAGCCUAUUGGAAGGCCACACACCCGCCCAGCAGCACCCCACCUAACCCGCUGCUGAACCGAACCAUGGCUACUGCAGCCCUGGCCGCCAGCCCUGCCCCAGUCUCCAACCUCCAGGGACCCUACCUUGCAUCCGGGGACCAGUCGCUGGAACGGGCCACCGGGGAGCACGCCAGCGUGCACGAGUACCCCGGGGAGCUGGGCCAGCCCCCAGGCCUUUACCCCAGCAGCCACCCGCCAGGCCGAGUGGGCACCGUGCGGGCACUGUCCCGCCAAGACACGUUUGAUGCCGACACCUCUGGCAACCGAAACUCUGCCUACACGGAGCUGGGAGACUCGUGUGUGGACAUGGAGACUGACCCCUCAGAGGGGCCAGGGCUUGGAGACCCUGCUGGGGGUGGCACCCCACCAGCUCGUCAGGGAUCCUGGGAGGAUGAGGAAGACUAUGAAGAGGAGCUGACUGACAACCGGAAUCGAGGCCGGAAUAAGGCCCGCUACUGCGCAGAGGGCGGGGGUCCGGUGCUGGGACGCAACAAGAAUGAGCUGGAGGGCUGGGGGCGAGGUGUUUACAUCCGCUGAGAGGUAGGGGCCACCCUGUCGGAGGAAGGGCUCUGAGACCAGAGAUGGGGAGGGACAGCAGGCUCACCACUGGGGGUGUAUCUGGCCUCCAGGGGGCGCUGUCUCAUUUCAGAUGCCUUUGCUCAACGUUUGGGAUUUCUUCGUUGGUUGAUGCCCAGCUUCUGGGAGUCCCUUAAACCCCAAGCUGUAGGUUUUUAUCUACCUGCGGUGAAUGGAUGGGGGCAUGCCCACCUGUCUGCAGUGUCCCCUUUUCCCCACCUCAGGGGUCUCUCUCCCCUCUCCCAGAGAAAAGGUGCACUUCCUUAACUCUUUCUACCUGGGGCUCUAAAUGGGGUUGCCCUUUCUUUUCCAACCUGGAAUAUUUAGUAAAGGUAGGAGGCUUUUCCAGGAGAAGGAGACCACAGACUUUCCCAUGAGGUUUCCCUUCCCGAACUCCAGAUCCAGGGCCCCUCCUCAUCCCCCCAGCUUUCUGGCAACAUUCUCUGGUAGGAGAAAGCUACAGGAUGGAACUCCCUGGGGGAGGGAUCUGGGUAGAAACCUAAGGGCAGCAGAUGCGGUGCCAUCUGCCCGCCGAGGACCUAACCCUGAGGAGUGGGCAACCUGAGAUGCUGCUACCUGCCCCCCUCCAUGCCUCAGCCUUUACCUGCCCCAGGAAUGAGCUUUGCCCACAACAUUCCAUGUCUGCUGCCAUCAGAAGGGGGGCUUUCUGUGUCUGAGCCUCCCACCCCGUCCCCUGGGUGUGGAGCCCUGGGAACACUUCGGUCCACCUCAUUUUGAAACCAAAAACUGCUCACUCACUUUCACCCUGAAAACCCAGGAGAGAGGCCUUUGGGUUGGUGCUCAAGAAACGAUCACCACCCCAGGGGUUGCCUCGGGACCACGGAUCUCCCCUGGGGGGCUUGGCUGCUGCUGCUGCUGCUGCUCUGUAUCUGCCUCUUGUGAUCCUCUUUACCCCUGUCCACUCCACUGCCCCCAGGAGAGGCCUUCACACCCCCUCUGACCUGGCGUGUCCCUCUGCCUAGCAUCCCCGCAGCCCAGCAGCCCUGCCCCUCCCCAGCACCCCAGCUGGGCCAGAGAGAGCCGACUGUGCCAAUGAGGACUGGGCCCUGCCCGGCUGCCCACCUCAGGGAUGGGUGCCUCAUGCCUGUCUCGCCACCUCCUGUGCCAGUGUUGCCCGCCCCCCCCCCACCGGGGGCCGGGGUGCAGCUUCCACUUACUGGUUAGAAGAGACUACUCCUGUCUGGUCCCCCGUGUGCCCCCCCAUCUGUUCCUCUGUACUCCCCUAGGAGAAGUAUUUUGCCACAUAUAAAACCGCCAUCCUGUCCUUUGCA